AUUAUAUAAUGAGAUCCAAGUCUUUCCUAUAUUCACGUACGCCUGUUCCAAGUUCUAAAUAGUAUCAGAUCGAGGUACGUAGAAAUGUCCGGCAAUGUCAUAUCGGUGGAGAAUAAGGUUCCUUUGUUAACCUCGUCGUCAUCGGAGGUUGACCGACAUCAUCCGGAACCCCAUCACGCGACCGACGACACAAAUCUUUCACGAAGAAUUUGGGUAGAAACGAAGAAGCUAUGGCACAUAGUAGGACCCGCCAUCUUCACCCGAGUCUCUUCUUAUUCCAUGAUGGUUAUCACCCAAGCUUUCGCCGGCCAUAUUGGCGAUGUUGAACUCGCUGCUAUUUCUAUCACCACCAACCUCAUCCUCGGCUUCAACUUCGGCCUCAUGCUUGGGAUGGCGAGUGCGUUAGAGACGCUAUGUGGGCAAGCAUACGGCGCAAAAAGGUAUCACAUGUUGGGUAUAUAUCUACAACGUUGUUGGGUAGUUCUAUGGCUGGUCGGUAUAGCGAUGAUUCCGUUGUAUGUGAACGCGACGGCGGUGUUGAAGCUACUGGGGCAGCCGGAGGACGUGGCGGAGCUGUCCGGGGCGGUGGCGCUAGCGUUCCUUCCGCUUCAAUUCUCCUUCGCGUCAUGGUUUCCUAUGCAGAGGUGCUUGCAGAGCCAGCUGAAGAACUUGGUGGUAGCCUGGAUAAGUUUUGGGGCCUUAAUUGUGCAUAUUUUAAUCAACUGGUUAAUUGUGUACCAGUUGAAGCUUGGGAUCAUCGCCACCGCCCUUGCGCUGUCCUUUUCUUGGUGGCUUAUUGUGGUGGGGCUGUUUGUGUACACCGUCUCCGGCGGGUGUCCUCUUACUUGGACUGGUUUCUCCAUGGAAGCCUUUUCUGAUCUUUGGCCUUUCUUCAAGCUCUCCAUAUCUUCCGGAAUCAUGUUAUGCUUGGAGAACUGGUAUUACAGGAUAUUAGUUCUGAUGACUGGAAAUCUGUAUAAUGCGAAAAUUGCCCUGGAUGCAUUGUCCAUUUGUAUGAAUAUCAAUUCCAUGGAGCUUAUGAUUCCUCUAGCCUUCUUUGCUGGAACUGGAGUAAGGGUUGCAAAUGAGCUAGGAGCAGGAAAUGGAAAGGCAGCGAGGUUUGCAUCCAUAGUAUCAGUGAUGGAAUCCAUAGGGAUUGGAAUAGUGUUCUGGGUGAUAAUCAUUUUUUUACACAAUCAACUUUCCCUCAUCUUCACCUCCAGCCAACCUAUCUUGGAUGAAGUUCACAAACUCUCUCUUCUCUUAGCUUUCACCAUUCUCCUCAACAGUGUCCAACCAAUUCUUUCAGGAGUUGCGGUUGGUUCGGGAUGGCAAGCUUAUGUGGCGUACAUAAACCUAGGGUGUUACUAUCUGCUUGGAGUUCCUUUUGGACUUAUAUUGGGAUGGGUUUUCAAUAAAGGAGUCAUGGGAGUAUGGAGUGGAAUGAUUGGCGGGACUGCAGUUCAAACACUGGUAUUGGCUGUAAUUACCAUUCGAACUGACUGGGAUAAUGAGGCACGGAAAGCAAAUACGCAUGUGGAGAAGUGGGAUCAUGUGAAACCAUAAGCUUUCAAUUCAUUCGCUUAUAUCUGGGAAAUGCUAGCUAUAACU